AUGGUGAGGACCAGAGGAGCACACUCAAAGAAAACUCCAACCAAUCUCUCAAAUCCUCUGUCUAAAACACCUGUCAGCACAGCCGUGCCGUCUGCCUCUGCUCUUCCCAAGUCCGUCUCGACGCCUAGUUCAUCUGCGGGGACAAAACCCAAUAUGAAGCCGCGUAAGCAGACAACUCCGGUUCUCACGGCGACCCCUCUGGUGUUCCCCGAUGUUGAUGCUGCUGUCCCUGUGUCGUCACCACCUCCUAAAGGGGUGGUGACCGUAAAGGAAUCUGUUAUUCCUUCUUCUCAGAAUGCUCCAACCAAAAAGACUAGGGCAUCCGAAAAAGGGUCUGUCGAACCCUCUCCACGAAAGAAGUCGUCUCUCCCACCGAAGACGAAUGCCAAAGGUUUUUUGAAGAGGAAAACGCCCUCCGAUUCGACUGUCUCUCCUUUAUCCUCGGUCAAGAAACGUCUCAAGGAAAACCCACCAUCACCGUCCACUUCUGAGGCAGAUGAAGAAGAGGAAACAGUGGCUGAAGAAUCCACAGAAGAUAUCCCAGAGAAAGUGGCCUCUGACAAAGAGCUGUCUCAGGAACCUGAAGAAUCAGCCACCGACUCUGAGCCAAGGGAAGAGGAAGAUGUUGCAUCGUCUGAUCCAGAUGUGGACACAGUCUCAAGCCCUGUCGCCGCUGUUCCCAGUUCUGUGGUAACAAAACCCUCAUCCAAGGGAAAAGGCAAGAAACCCAUCUCUCGGUCUGGUACUCCUCUUACUAAGUGA